AAACACAAACCCCAUACACAUACUCCAAUAAAAAAAUGGCUUAUUUAUCAUCAUCAUCAUCAUCAAUCUACAGCUGCACUGAAUGCGGAUCAAAUCUGAAUCUAAACAGCGCCUAUUUAUACCCACCCGACACUUAUUUCGACGCAGGCAAUAGAGGCACUCUCUCUUUCUCUGCCCUUGACGCCUCCAAGUUCCGGUUCGAACCCGAAGACAAGAUCCGACCCUUUUUCGAGACCAUUGAUUACUGGGGUAUUCAGAGAAAGAGGACCAAGAUUUUGUGUAAUGGUUGUGGGUAUCUCGUGGGCUAUGUUUAUGAUGAUGGGCCGCCGUUGACUAAUAGCGCUGGUCAGUUUCAUUUUGGGCCUAGUCAGGUUAUUCCGAGAGCUCCUAGAUAUAGGUUCAAGAAGAAGGCUCUGAGGAUUACUUCUCAGACAUAGUUUAACGUUGGUGUGAUCGCGUUUUUUAAGUGUUUGCACAAAGUAUUUCAUCUGUUUAAUGUUGUAAAUGUAAUGUUUGUUCCCUCCUAUUGUGAUAAUACUUGUUUGUAUUCGAUCUUCUCGAAUGUUUUCUGGGUUGUUAUUGAUGAAUGUUAUUCUGGUUUACAUUUUUUGAGUA